CCGGUUUUCCGGUCAAAUGUGAUGUCAUGAUUGCUACACGCAACGGCUGCCCUUUGCUGAUAACGUAGGCUACAUAACGGAGAGGCGGGACUGGUACCUUACAGAGCUGCUUAAUGUCUGUGUUCAGUAUCCGUGCAAUACAGCACACUUGAGAAACUCAGGGAUAUUAAGCUCCAGCCAUGCGAUACACUCUAUAUAUAUUCCUGUUAUGCAUCACCUAUUGUGUUGUACUGGUCAAGGGCGCACGGACAUUAGAUCAUGUGGAGCGCUACGAUGUCGUCCGACCUCAGAGACUGACUGGUCGGGUCAAAAGAAGCAUUUUCUCAAACCAGGUUUAUCCUGAUGGGCUACAAUAUGUAUUAACCAUUUCUGGAGAGAACCACACAAUUCAUCUUGACAAGAAUAGGCAACUUAUUGGGAGGCAUUACACUGAAACGAACUAUUCUGAAGAUGGAAAGCGGGUGACAACAUUUCCAAAUUAUGAGGACCACUGCUAUUAUCAUGGUCAUAUUCAAGGCAUUGAAGAUUCAUCCGUUAGUGUUGGAAUCUGUUCUGGCAUUAGUGGCUUUGUGAGGGCUGAGCAGAAGGUCUACUUGAUUGAGCCUUUAGGAGACUCUGCCGAUGGGGAGCAUGCUCUGUACAGGCAGGAGCACCUCAGAGCCAACAGGGCCAGCUGUGGUCACUCCAACGACAGCACGGUCUAUGACCAUGACCAGGGCCCGGCCCCCAGACUCUCGGGCCUCUUCAAGUCCAAAGGCUGGAAAAGUAAACCCAUCACUGGGCCUGAAAGAUUUGUGGAGAUGUAUCUGGUGGCUGACUACACAGAGUCCAAAAUAUUUGGAAGCGAAACCAAAGCUCGGAUGCUGGAAAUUGCCAAUCAUGUUGAUAAGUUGUAUCGGCCAUUGAACAUCCGGGUCAUGUUGGUGGGGUUGGAGAUGUGGACUACCAGGGAUCACAUUGACGUCACAGCCAGUCCUGAGAACACCCUGGAUAGGUUUAUCCAGUGGCGUCAAGACGACCUUCUAAAGAGGGUAAAGCAUGACAAUGCCCAGUUUGUCACUGGUAAAGAUUUCUUGGGCGAUACUGUCGGACUGGCAAAUAAACUUGCCAUGUGCACUGGAAGUUCAGGUGCAGUCAACCAGGACCACAAUAGAAACCCAAUUGGCAUUGCCUCGACCAUCGCUCAUGAGAUGGGCCACAACCUGGGCAUGUCCCAUGAUACUUCAGGCUGCACCUGUGGGACAUCGCUGUACAACGACAACUGUGUCAUGGCAGAUCGGCUCAGGUCAGUGUACCCAGAGCUGUUCAGUGGCUGCAGUCAGGAGCAGCUGAGUGACUUCCUGGAGAGAGCCAAUCCCAGCUGUCUGCUGGACACACCCGGCUCUGACAGGCUGUAUGUGGGGCCUGCCUGUGGCAAUGCCUUCCUGGACCCUGGAGAGGAGUGUGACUGUGGAACUGUGGAGGAGUGUAAGAAUCCCUGCUGUGACCCCACAACCUGUCGCCUCACUGAGGGGUCCAGCUGUGAUCAUGGAACAUGCUGCGAAAACUGCCAACUUAAACAGGCAACCAGUUUGUGUAGAACAGCUUCCAGUGAUUGUGACCUGGCAGAGUAUUGCACUGGAACUUCAGAGCAUUGCCCAGAAGAUACCUUCAAAAUGAACGGGAAACCUUGCAACUAUAGUCAGGGGUACUGCUACAAUGGGCAAUGCCCAACACUUCAGCAACACUGCAAGAGACUGUGGGGACCAGCGGCACAAGUAGGCACGGAUUCCUGCUUUAAUCUAAACCUGGAUGGCAUCGAAGGAGCCCACUGCGGAAGGACCAAAUACGGCUUUGAGCGUUGCACGCCACAGAAUAUAAAAUGUGGAACGCUAUUUUGCUCGGGAGGGGAUGAGUAUCCCAUCACUGGGCAGAAGGCCUCCUAUACAAUGAGGGGAACAUGCAACAUAGCAGUGGACCAGGAUAAGAUAAGAGCCCUCGACAUGGUCCCAACAGGAACCAAAUGUGGAAUGAAUGAGGUUUGCUAUGAUCACAAAUGCCAAGAUGUCAAAGUCUAUGGUCAAACGGAGGACUGUUCAUCAAAAUGCCACAACAAUGGGAUUUGCAACAACAAGGGACAGUGCCACUGUAACCCAGGUUGGGCUCCACCCUACUGUGACUUCAAGUAUUCAGACGUGCCUCAAGACCAGUUUGGGGUGGUAGCUGGUGUCUCUGCAGCGAUAGCUGUCUUGUUGCUGCUUACUUUCCUGGUUGCAGGACUGAUGUGCUGCAAGAAGGACAAGAGAGAGAACUACAUUUCCAAAAGGAAAGUCCACUCUACUCCGGGCCAGUUGAACCCAAUGUUCCAGGAGAGGAGUGGGAAGGAUAAUCCUCUUAGCAAGCCCCCCCAAAUCAGCCAACCCACCUUCAUGGAGUCAUCUGCAACACAAGCCUGCACCCCUCUGUUUGUAACUGGGGUCCCUUCAAGGCCCCCUCCACAGCCACCAAAGAGCUUGCCUGCAGUGCUGCCACAGUCUUGCAUUGAACCGACUAAACCCCUACCUCCACCAAAGCCUUUGCCGACUCUGAGUAGCACACCGAAAAUCAAGCAUGUUGUCCCAGUGCCACCAGUCAAGGCCACAGCACCAAUGGUACCCAGCAAAUACCCACAGGAAGUGUUCAUUUAACACACUUAUUGUAGUCAUGUCUUUUGUCUCCUGAAACCAUGACAUAGCACAAAAGUAAAAUAAAAAAAAUUACUUUGUUGGUAAUUCCUUAUGAAACCAGAAUUGAAGGGCAUGUUUCAAGAUGGCUGUCUAACUGAUGUGUGUUCAGCAGACCUCAGGAGGAGCAGGCCACAAGAUUGCACUGAAGCCUCCCCCCAUGCCACGUCGAUGAUGACUACUGCAUGUAGCAGUAUGUUGACUCAUAGGAAGACAGACCUUUGAUGAGCCCAGUUCUUGUUUCAGACUCUAGGAGGUCCUGAAUGACCGAGCCUAAUAUCAACUGUGGAGAAUGUCUUUGAAAACUCAACAUCAACAUAGUGAUGUCUCAGAAUGUGCUUCUCAACCACUGUGGAAAAGUGGUUUGGAAAAUGCUGGAACAGAUUGCUGGUGCAUUUCUCAUACAGUGUUUUUCUUUCUUCAAUUAUUGUAUGGUAGAAAACAUGUUACAGUAGACCAUUCCCUUUGACAUGAACCUAGCAGUUGCACUUGUUUUUAUAGGUUGCCUCUGUUUGCACUUUUUACAAGGGGGAGAGCCUAAUUCUACUUUGGAAUUCUUGUACUUAUGAAUGUUAAUUUACUGUUUCAUGAUCUCAAGCCAGUGUGCCUUUAAAAAAAUAAGUAUUACAUUGAUGUUAGUUCUUUUUUCAAGAUAUUACAAAUGAAUGGUACAUGUGAGAGGUAUAGUGCCUUCAGAAAGUAUUCACACCUCUUGACUUUUUCCACAUUUUGUUGUGUUACAAAGUGGGAUAUAAAUGGAUUUAAUUGUCAUUUAUUGUCA